UCAUGAAUGGCUGGUUAGUUAGUCUGACGCAGGUCGCCGGUGUUGUCAAGAUUCGUCCAGAGCCCCAUCUGCCUUUGUUAAAACCCGCGAGGACAAUCACUGGAGGUUACUGUAUUCAUCUAACCAUAAAUCAGGCAUAACCAAGUCAUUACCCAGACGGAAGAAUUCGGUGUUCAUUGAAUUGCAAUUAGCAUUUUGGCAAUUUUCUCAGAGGUGCAGAGAUGUGGCUUUGGAUCGCGGGCCUCUUCGGGUUGUGGGUAGGUUCGGUGGAGUCAAGUGGACCCAGAUCGGCUUUCGUCGAGCGGCUGGAACCAAGGGACUUCUCUUCCACCGCGGAGUAUUUCGUAUCCACCGGGUCUUCAGCCCUGGGUGGUGAUCUGCGAGAGGGUCCUGCUAUGAUGGAGGAUCUGAGGAGAGGACAGGAGGGACUCAUGAUCAAACUCAACGACGUGACGCGCUCCAUAAAGGAGGAUGAACUGAAGCUGAACAACAUCUUCUAUAAGCUGGGGCGUCAUGACACAGACCUGGAAGGUGUUGACUCUUUACUCGAUCGUCUGUCCACCUCAACCAAGAGGAUUGAGGCAAAGCUAAACAAACAUGCGUUCAAUGUUGACUUCUUGCGCCGAAGGGUAGAAGAAAUGAAAGAGAACAUUGAAGCUGAGCAGAGAGUGGAAGUCCAAGUUGCUGCUACACGUUCUUUGAUUAAUCGGCUUGAAGAUCGGUUAACAGAUGCUCUGGCUCGACUUGGCACCGUGGAAAAUACGACCCAGACAUUGGAGAAAAGAUCAGUGCCCCAGUACGGCCCAACUUUAGCGCUGCAUUCCCGCCCACCAACUCUGACCGUUUACCCAGACAGACAUACAGGAAUUUCUGCCUUGACAGGCGAGUGCAGAGCUGAUUGGGAACAAGUAGGUGAUGGUUGCUAUUGGUUUGGAGGAGAGGAACUGACAUACACAGAAGCAAUAUCUUACUGUAUUAGACAUGGAGGCUAUUUGCUAACUCUUGCACCCCCUGGGAGUCAGCUGAGCCUUCUAUUAAACCGUCUUAGAUCAGACAUUGUUUACUGGACAAGUGGGACUGAUGCUUUCAAUAAGGGGAACUGGGAAUUCCUAAUGACUGCUACACCUGUAAUGCCUCUCCAUUGGGCCAUCGAGGUAAACUCUACUGUUCAUCACAACAACCACUGUGCAGGUCUCACACCUAAUGGUCUCAUCAAGCGAAAAUGCACACAUCGCCUUCCAUAUAUCUGCCACAUUAUUUGAAGUUCACCUUUGGGAUUCCUAAUCAGCUGAUGAUUAGCAAUAGUGCAGCAAAGGCACUGCCACUUCACACACUUCUUUUCACGCCUGAAAUGAAUAAUAUAUUCUUCAUUUUUGAACAUCAACUGAGGAUUUAACAAAUUUCUCAUGGGUUACUUUGCAGUCCUACUGAUCAACUAUGCAGAAAUUUCACAAAGUGAAAAAAAAUUUGAUGAGAACGGGGUAUUCUUAAAUGGUUAAUGUAAAGAGAAGUGGAGAGGCCUCAAAAGAGAUAUAUAAAAGGGAUAGGGAAGAUUCUAAGAAGCUGUUUAACCAAGCAACUAAAACUCUUUCAGUUUAUCAAACUAUAGGUUUAAAUGAAGAGUAAUGUGUAAAUGAUAAACAAAAUUAUUGGCUUUCUUUAAUAAAAUCACAAUCAUACCAUGAGAAAAUGCUAAAGUUGCUUUUAGUUUUAGUGUUAACUAUAUAUAAAGCAUUUUAAAAUAGCUCUUCUUAGGAUGAAUCUGCUCACAUGUGGCCAAAAGUACUUGAAAAUAACUCUUCAUGGGACGAAUCUAAUCACAUAUAACCCAUUUCUGUAAAUUUCAUACUUAUUAAAAUGCUUUCUCUAAAAGUCAUUCUCAGUAAAUGCUUUCAUUAACACAGUGAUACUUCAUAAUUACAUAUUACUAAGUAAAAUGCUGUACAUCAAUGCUGUUUACUGUUUCUAAAAGAUUAACUUCCAUCAGUGAAUGUUGAACAAUACUGUACUCAGAAUUAUUCAACAAGCAUCAGUUCACUCAUUUCUGGGAAUUUUCUUAGGGUUUAGGUUACUUGUUACUGCUCCCACCGUCAGUGGACUCUCUUAAUCUUACCCAUCAAACUACAGUAUUUUCAUUACUGACACGUCGUCAAAUGUUUCCCCAUUUUGACAUAUUUUAGUGAUCAGAGUGAAUUUUUCACCAUGUAUUUUAAUACAAGUUCAUUAAUCAUUGACACUUCUUAGGUUGAUGGGUUUAUUUAACUUGGAUCACGCUGACAACAUUCUUUUGCCGAGUCAUUGUUCAUAAGUAUCAUUCAUAUAGCAGGUUUGGUAAACGAGUGCUAACAUUAUUAACUGGCAAAUAAUCACAUCACCAUUUUAGUUUUAUGUUGACAACAUUAUACAUGUAAUUUAUUUCAUAGAAAAAGUAACCAUAUAUUCUAAAUAUUUCAGUGUUUAAAAUCAAUAAUAUUUUUAGCAGUACAUACUAUACAUAAAAUUUAUUUCAUAGCAAAAGUAACCAUACAUUUUAAAUAGUUCAAUGUUUAAAAUCAAUUACAUUUUUGCAGUAUUAUACAUAAAAAACUUCAUCUAACUACUAACAGCAGCUGUAAUGAAAUUAAUAUAAAUGUCAUGUGCUCAUUUUGAUAAUUGAAUGUCAGUUGAACUAUGGGGGACUGCUUACACUAUAUCAUAAUCAGAAAUAUAAAUAAACCAUUAAUUAGGUACUUAUACUAAGACUACCGUAAUAGGAGUUUUCUUUCAUUUGUUUUAUGAAUAUCCUAUUAUAGUCUGCCUUUUUCUGGACAAUUUUUUUUUAUGAAACUGAUUAAGCACAACAAUCUCCCUUGUCUGUAAAACAAUAGUUUUCAUGUCAUGGUAUAAUAUAUCAAUAUAUUCUAAACAGAAAAUAUAUUUAAUCAGUUGAUGUAGUUUCAGUUUUUAAACAUGCACCUAAUUUCCCUUAAUUAUAUAAAGUGAGACCAACAAAUGUUAAAAGUAAGGAUGGUACCCAGGUGUAACUGAGGUAGAGGCAAUGCCCAUUUGCACUCAGCUGAUGCUACCCAUUAUCCUUCCUGCCCAUAUUCAGAAUGGAAAACUGAAGGGAACAAAUAAAGCGGGGUUGACGAGGUGGGUUACCUCUAAUAUGAAAGGUUAGUGGCAGGGAAGAACUUUGCAUGAUCCGUUGGGGACAAAGGCACUUCCUGACUCAUACAUAAGGGUGUUAACCUUCUUCAAAUACCAUGCAUUAACUGUGACUAUGGCAACGAGCCCAGGAAGCGCCUCUGAAGUAUACCUGAAGGUCAACUCCAUAUGUGACCAAGAGCUGGAACGAAGCCAUAGCCGCCGCCUUAGGAUAUUUCGCUCAAAGUGAAACUGAGCAUUGCUGCUCCAGCUCUGUCUGCAAGAAAUUUGGAAAAAACAGGACCUUCCAGUCUCAUCAAAUCCUUAAAGGUUUGUGCUGCUCCUCCCUCAGCCACAGGAGGACCCCUGCCAGAACUCUGCUGUGGCUGUUGCUCUCUGAACCCUGUUCCAACUUAAAACACCUCUGGCCCCCUACUUCAAAACUGUAAAACCAAGAGAGGAGGAGAGGAACAACUCCUGGUACUGCUUCUACAACUCACCUACUCACCACACAGCUAACAGCACCCACAAAAGGUGGAAGAGAUCAGAGAACUCUUCCUAAAGAGGGAUUGCUCAGAUCAUGCAAGCUCUGAAGUGCACAAACAUUUUAAGCACAGAAAUGAUGCAGGUUCACCUCCAAAACCCUCCUGAUGAAAGCUGGAAAGGAGACCCUCCCCUACUGACAGUGCAGCACCCAUCCGUAGACCGGGUAUGCAAUUAGUGAGCGGUUAGUGCGUGGUUGUGGAGUUGAGUUGAGAAGAGUCACUCUGCUCACCUGUCCAACCAAGAACAAACCAAAUAAGCAAAUAUUCAAUUGCCAAUGGUCAACCCUAUUUGCAUACCUGGUACACAACUUGUGAAUGGACUGUGCACACCACUUACUGAGCAGGUCGCGCAAACCCCUCUCUGCAUGACUCCAAAGGGUUAUGGUGGGGGAGGGGGCCAACUCAUGCACCAAACAAACAGCCUUGACUUAAUGUGAGCCCAAAAGCACACAAAGACAGCCAGGAACAAUGCUCAAGUCUAAGCAGGCUGGCAACACAGUGCUCAUUGUUAACCCUACUUGGGGAAAGCCGAUAACUGCUGGUGACAAAGCACCCCCACCCCUCUCCCAAGGGGGAGAGCACAUACAUGAAGUAUAUCAAGAUUUCUUACAUCAGGAUUAGACUUCCCCAUCUCAAUACCUGCCAGUGUAGGGAGAGUGGGGUUGAGGCAGUGGUAGACAAUAAAGUAGAAGACAUGGAAAGUGCUCAAGACUCUCCUGCUCUUCCCUCUGCCGUCCUUACUUGUAUGCCUCAUACUGCAGGAUGUAAAACACCAUACAAACUAACUUACUGCAGGGCUGGUUGAGUCAGGAGCUGGAAAUAAGUCACAUCCACCAGAGAAGAAAGACUACUGCAACCAGUCAACCAUUUCUAAUCAGCAGUAAAAAAAAAAUAAUAACUGACCAUUGUUACUAUCAGCAACUACCUCAGGAGAUCAUGAAAGCCUUCUUCCUCCACUAGGUUAUACUACAGAAGGACUACCUAAUCCUUGGUAGACCAAACUCCCACAGGAACUUCCACAUUGCUCAAGCCUUACGGACACCUGAGAGCCAGCAUCAGUAGUAUAUGGUCAAGGAAUGACAGCAGCUGAUGAAACCUUCAUUAGAAGCUGCUACAUCCCCAGCAAAAAUGAUAACAGCCUACCGUGACCUUCACAACAAAACAGGUCUUGUCUACUAUCCGAGACAAAUAACCAACAAGCACAAGAGCACUGAAAGAGUGCACAUUAUUCACAGAAAGGGAAAAGUCUUACUGCAAGAACACAUCUGACUUACAUUGCGGCCAGGAAAACAAUGAGUAGCAGCGGCUGGGUGAGAACAGGCAUCGCCUCUCCCACAUCUCCACCUGGGUACCACCCUUGUUUAGUCAGUAUAUAAAUGAACGAUUACAAGAGUAUAUUCCACAUACGAAAGGCACUGUGUUUGUAUCCCCACAGGAACAAUUAGUGUUUUGCAGCCUUAAUAAUAAAAAUCUUAUAACAAAA